AUGCCGAGAACAGUCUCGAAGUACAACCAUCAACAACAAAGAGCUUGGUCAGCGGGUACGCUAAAGCUCCUCGGCCGUAGGGCGCUCAUCGUACUGCUCGCUUGGCUAGGCGGCCUCGUGCUUUGCCACUGGAGGAGCCGGGUUUCAAGUCAUUGCACAUACCUCCUAUCCUAUGAUCCGUCAUACGGUGCUUGGAAUAACCAGCUCAUGGCACUAUUCGUCGGUAUUCAUCUAGCACAGCUGCUAGGCCGCCGUCUUGUGGUGCCCGCACUGGUAGAACGCGCCCGCCCUACCACUUCGAACACCUGGUUCGAUGUUCUCGAUAUCGAUGCCGCUCUGCUGCGUAGAUGGAUCCUACCAGAAUCGACAGCAGCCCGAUGCAGGCGCCGUGGCAGCAUGUCCACAGUCUUCGACGCCCGCAACAUCAGCCUACGCCUCCAUCGCGACGCGGCCUGCGGCGAUGCACUCGGCAGCCUGCGAGAUGCCUCGGCACGCGCAGGGCCGCUCCUGCUCCAGCUCGCCCAUCUAUACGGCCUAAUGCGAUGUUUUACGCGCAGCGAAGCGUCAUUCUUGCGUCUCUGGCAGCGCAUUACGUUGCGCGAAACCCCUGUUGCCAAGUUAUGGAUGCAGCACUGGGGGGCCCUCGAGGGAGCGCCCGCCUCACCGCCGCUCGUCGUUGUCGUUCACCUGCGUCGCAGUGGCUUCGAGCCGCGCGCGCACGCACGACGUCCGGAUGAUUUCCCGGCAAACGCGCUGCACGCAUGGGUCUUGGCGGGAAACGAGAGCGCCUGCGUGUCUUCGAGUGCACGCUGCGCCCUGUGCCAGUUGUGCGCGAUCCAGCGGCGCGAUCCGGACGCGCGUCCGCUCCAUUUCUACGUCAUGCACGACGGGCAUGGGGCAUCACUGCAGACGCUGGCGCUGUGGAAAACUUUCGUGGAGGCUCAAGGGGAUUGUGGUGCUGCUCCCAGUCGAGUCUACGAUCUAACCGCGCUGGUGCAAGAGAGCUGGCAGGUGCUGUCGCCGACGUUGCCGGCCCCUGGACGGAAUCACAUCGUUUCGGUGGUAUCUGAAAUGUAUCUUGCUGUCUAUGGGGCGCACCUGUUCGUAGGUAGCCCUCUGUCGACCUUAUCUUCCAAUGUGGCUCGUUGGCGCGCGCUGGGACGGUAUCCAUUGGCUCCGAGCCUGAGUUACACCGGCGACCGGUACCUCAGUGCGAUUCCGCACAUGUUCGGUUUCCACUAG